AUGAUCGCCGUGCUCUUCGCGAAGACGCCCGACGCCGUCGGUGUCGUGCACCGGUGCGUCUCGGUCAAGGCCGCUCGCGAGAAGUGCGGCGGCCUCGCGGACGAGAAGCAGUGCGCCGUGCGCGAGGCGUCGGAGCACGACGGCAUGCUCUUCCCUCCGAGUCUCGCCGGCGAAUCCGACGACUUCCUGGCCAAGGCCGCGCGGUGCGGGGCCGUGACCGCGGGCAAGGACGCGCCCCCGCACGUCGUCGUCGUCGACAUCGACGCGCCCGCGAAGAGCAAGUGGGCCGCGCGCGUUCUCGGCUUCGCCAGCGCCAAGUCCGCGGCGACCUACGCCCUCCACUGCUACCGCACGGCCGGCUCGCGGCUCAAGUCGAUCGAGAUGCACGCCUUCGAAGGCUGGGUGCAGGCCGCGCCGCGCAUGCACCUCCAGGGCGGCGGCGUCUUCGACGCGAACUACGCCAUCGCGGACAUCGCCGCGCUCGAGGCGGCGGCGGCCUGA